UCUCUCAAUCUACUGUAAUGAAAUGUAACCUUGAAUGCUGUUUGAGUACUUUACACUGUAAGAAUAAUGUUUUGAAGGCACAGGGGCUGCCUAUGCCUCUCAAGUGCACAACAAUGGUCUGUCCGUGGUAGGGAACAGGUCUAGUUUAUCCUAACAGCGGUGACCAGCUCGGAUAAACCAAUGGAGGCUUCUGUGGUGACCUACUCUCAGCUGAAGACCAUGCUGUCCAGCGGAAACAUCCAGCUGUUUGAUGUGAGAAAUCCUGAUGAAUACCAGGCUGGACACAUUUCAGACUCUGUCAACAUCCCAUUGGGCAGCCUGGAGGAGUCCCUGAAGCUGUCCUCGGAGCAGUUUCAGCAGACAUUUGACAUAAAGCCUCCUGGGAAAGAUGACGACAACAUCGUGUUUCACUGCAAAAGUGGCAGCAGGAGCUCCAAGGCGCUGGACAUCGCCCGCCGGCUGGGAUUCAGCAGGUCCAGACAUUAUAAAGGAGGAUACAGUGAGUGGGCCGAGCUACAAGGAAACUGAACCCACGCUGAGUGACAUCUUUUUAAUACAGAUAAUACAGAAUAUAAUAAAAGUCUGUAUAAGUUUACAUACAUAUUAACUGCUACAUUAUAGGUAAAUGCCACUUUAAAGACAUACUUAUCUGCCAUGUUACAUCUUUAUAGACACUGAAUUGAAACCUGUAAUAUCUAAUGUUUUUGCAUGAGCUGUGUACCUUUUUAUUCCAUGGCAAUAACUGUGAAGGUGCUUGAUGUUGAUUAAAUUAUAUACACAUUUUAA